UGUAAGAAACAAAAAAAGGAGAAAAAAAAAGAUCAGCACUCUAGCGUUUCCCUUUUUGCUUGCUAAAACAAAAACCCAGUAAGUGCAAAGUAACAUCUAACUGCCCAAGAACCUAAACCUGGACCGGAUGGAUCGGGACCACAUGGACUAGGUAAUAUUAUCGAGGUAAAGAAAAAAACGUUAAGGGGUCGAGGGAGUACAAAGGGGAGGACAGAGGCCUCUCUCUCACCAUGGAUGAUCUCUGGGACUCGAUGACCUAUGGUUCACUACAAAAAUCACAAACCAUGCAUUUCCUCGCAGCAAUCGUCAUCUCCCUCUCAGCCCUGGCCGCAGCGGCCCCAAUGCCGGCCGACAAGCCAGCCGACAAGCCCGGCGCGAAGGCUCCACCGCCGGCGGCUGGAGAUGACGGCUGGUCCGCCGCCGCCGUCAUCCCGCCCGAGUGCGCCAACCUCAAGGAAAUCAGCAUGACCUGCGUGGCCGGGCCCAAUGACCCCAAGGUGGGCACCCAGCAGUGCAAAUACAUCGACGACGCCGGCAAGCCCGCCACCAAGGCGACCACCAUCAAGUGCUCGCCCACGGCCAAGGACCCCGGCACCAAGACCCUCAAAGCAAACGCCUAGAUGAUGGGUCGAUCAAGCUGAGGUUUUCGAGGGGUUGCAGUAAACGGAGAAGUCUAAAGGCAGCACUCAUGUACGAUUUUUUUAGGUCCUUUUUUACCUUUUGGCAAUGUCUGCCCCAAGGUUCUCAGUCAUUGUUUAUUUUUCCUUUUGUCCUUUUUUUUCUCUGCCCUUCUUUCUCUAUUCGUGGGCAUUUCCCUCCCUUUUUGGGUUGUUUUCUUUUUGUGAAUAAAAUAAAGUGUAAAUUCCGG